UUGAGGUUGAAGUUCGAAGGUGAAAGGCCAAACACGCUAGUCCACAUGUUUUGUUACUACAAUUUGUAAUGUAGUGAAAUAAACUACAGCAUCAUGGGGAAGAAUAAGAAGAACAAAACUACAGAGUCGGGGAAACAAGCAGUGAACCCCGGACAACAUUCAAGAGAUAAGAAGCUGAAACGAGAUGGAAAAUGCAACAAAAACAAAGAAGACCACCUCAAACACAUCCCAUUUAGGCUCAGAGAGAUCAUGAAGAGCAAGGACAGAAUUAAAAAUGGGCCUAAGAGGGCAAAAAAGCUCAAAGAUGCCAUUUCCCCUAAAGGUAAAGGACAGGAUUCCCAGGUUGGAGACAUACCUGUCCCACGCUUCAGGAGAGGAAAAAAGGAAAGCGAGAAAUCUUACGUGAGACGCAUGGAGAAUGAGACGAAACAUGUCCUCUUCCUCACCAAGAACCAAGUGGAGAGGAAACCUGAGCUGGAGGCAGACAAACAAGAAAGGCCUGCAGACAAGGGAAAGUCUGAGAAGAAGAAGCAACACGAUAAAAUGAAACUACAGAGGCUACACCAGAAGAAGCUGGACAGACAAGAGGCUGUCAUGGAGAAAGAGAUGUUUGUUGAUUAUGUUCCUUUUGGUGAAGUUUCAAUGGCUCCACCAUCUCUGAGCAUCAAACCCAGAAAAGCUCAAGUCAAACCUCAGCAAGCAUCAAAGGAGCUGCUCCUCAACUCCCUCCUAGGCCACAACACAACCUCCACAGCCAAGCCCUCCAUGGCCCGCCAGAGAAUCAUGGAGGAGGAGAGGCAACGAGCAGUGGAGGCCUACCGCCAUCUUAAAAAACAGAAACAGCUUCAGCACGAGGCCAGGACUGCCAGUCUGGAAAAACUAAAGAACCUUUAGUGAUGUUUCAUGUCAGAGUCCAUGUUCGCAGGUUAAAGACUGAGCAGGCUUGCCAGGUAACUGCUAGCACACGGACUGGAUGUGUUAUGUAACUCUGGAGCUGAAGUGUUUGCAGAAAAGCUCCCCACAAUAUAGCCUAAUUAUAGGCAAAGGAGCAAAUAUUUGCAUCCACAGGCCACAGCAUGUGAGGUGAGUCGUGAUCGUUAGCUGUGGUUCCACUAGAUGGCGUUCUACAUGCAGAAAGUUGGUCCUGCAGGGUUUGCAGGGGAAACAUUUUGGACUUUUUAAAAGUUAAAGUGUAUUUUUGGUCAAACUUGAUGCUAUAUCAUAUGUGAGGAUUUAUUACUGUAGUCUUUAAGCAUAUUUGUAGCUGUGGAAAUGAGAAAAACUUGCAUAUAAAAUGUAAGAAUAAAUUCAAAUGAGUAAUCUCACUCUAAAGUCUA